AUAGAUAUGGAGAGAAAGAAAGGAAAUUACAGAAGAUAUAGUAAUAUCUGUAGAAUCAAUGGGUUCUCUCCCACACGUAGUAGAGGACUGUUUGGGGUUUCUGCAACUCUUUAGCGACGGUUCUAUUUUCCGUUCAAACGAUAUAGAGUUCAAAAUAUCAGCAGUUCAAGAUCAUUCCGUAACCUUCAAGGACUAUCUCUUCCACAAGAGAUUCAACCUUUCUCUUCGCUUCUACAAACCCCAACACGUGACGCUCAACACCAAGAAGCUUCCUAUUGUCAUUUUCCUUCACGGUGGAGGCUUCUGCUUCGGUUCGCGCACCUGGCCCCAUAUUCACAACUGUUGCACGCGCCUCGCCGCUGGGCUCCAGGCGGUCGUCCUCUCGCCGGACUACCGCCUCGCGCCGGAACACCGCCUUCCGACGGCUGUGGACGACGCGGUGGAGGCGGUGAGGUGGCUCCAGAGGCAGGGACUGAGACUGAAGGAAGAUGAAAACGGUGGGGACGCCUGGCUGAGUGCUGACGUUGACUUUGACCGCGUGUUUGUCGUCGGUGACUCCUCUGGCGGGAACAUUGCCCACCACCUCGCGGUUCGGUUGGGGUCCGGUUCGAGUGAGAUGGACCCGGUUCGGGUACGAGGUUACGUGUUGUUUGCGCCGUUUUUUGGCGGGGAGGUUCGAACCAAGUCCGAGGAAGGUCCACCAGAGCUCAUGCUUAACCUCGAGUUAUUGGACAGAUUUUGGAGGUUGUCGAUGCCUUUGGGAGAAUCGAGAGACCACCCAUUGGCGAAUCCGUUUGGAGCUGGAAGCCCUAAUCUUGAAAAAGUGAAGCUUGAUCCUAUUUUGGUGAUAGUUGGUGGCAAUGAAUUGCUUAAGGAUAGAGCAGAAGACUAUGCUCGAAGGUUAAAAGAACAAGGCAAAGACAUUGAAUACCUUGAGUUUGAGGGGUGCGAGCAUGGGUUUUUCACUCAUGAUUCAUACUCACAGCUUGGAGAAGAGGUCAUCCAAAUCCUUAAACAAUUCAUGCUUCGGACUUCUGCUUGAGUAGAAUCCAUCAAUGGCUUCAAAGCUAAUUACGUAAUUAGGUUAAUUAGUCUAUAUUGCUUUUAGCCCAGUGAAGUAAUAGUUAUGGUAAUGAAUUGUAUCCGUCAAUUUUAUGGUGUGUACGUGUAGUUUCUCAAUGGAGAUUGUAGUCAAUUAAGUACCUUUCUUAGCUGUUAGUGCUAUUACUUUUGA